UAAAGGCGCCUUCCAAGCCCCAGCCCUCAGGCAGGUCCUUGGGAAGGAGGGGGCGCCCAGGGGAGCCGGGUCUCGCAGUGAUAGGUGGGGCUGGAGACGCAGCUCCACGGGCGGGCCCCAGAGCCUGCAGUGUGACCGACCGCCUGGGCAAGGUCACAGCGGCCUCUCCAGGUGGGAGGUGGUGAGUGGUGGCCGAGCCCCAGGGGACACUGGUGAGGACCCUGGAACAUGCUCGGGGCCUCCCCUCCGCUGGUUCCCAGCCACGAGCGGGGGCACGUGUGGGCUCCCCGCUCUGGGUUCCCUGCGGGACCCCGCUGUGUCUCACCUAAGCAGCAGGCCUGGAGACCACCUGGUCAACACCCAGUGGGCUCGCAAGGGUCACUUCACAUGCAGAGUGUCCAAAUGGGGUCCCCCUUUCCCAGAAGGCGGCCACACCCCCGACAGAGAGCAGCUUUGUGACGGGCUCUCGGCCCCAAGCUCAAACCCCUUUCUCUUUCCUUCCCUACCUCAGCACACCCUCUGGGCUUUGGGGGUACUUCCUGUGCUCUCACCUCUGACCUCUGCCUUUCUCCUGCCCGGGGCCUGGCCUGGGGCUCUAGGGGGGGAUGCCCAGAGGAGGGCCUUGGGUUUCGGGAGAGCGUGUCGUGGACGAGCGGCUCCGGAUCCCUGGGUUUCUGAUUCCUGUUCUCAUUCCCCAGGGUGACGCUCCCCAGCCCCCCGCCCCCUGCCCCGCCAUCAUGCAUCGGACCACACGGAUCAAAAUCACGGAGCUGAACCCCCAUCUCAUGUGUGCCCUCUGUGGGGGCUACUUCAUCGACGCCACCACCAUCGUGGAGUGUUUGCAUUCCUUCUGCAAGACCUGCAUCGUGCGCUACCUGGAGACCAACAAGUACUGCCCCAUGUGCGACGUGCAGGUGCACAAGACGCGGCCACUGCUGAGCAUCAGGUCUGACAAAACUCUCCAAGACAUCGUCUACAAGUUGGUCCCUGGGCUUUUCAAAGAUGAGAUGAAGCGGCGGCGGGACUUCUACGCGGCGUAUCCGCUGACGGAAGCUGCCCCCCCACGUGCCACGAGGCCAGCGCCCCAGCCCCGUUCCUCUCCCGCAGUCCCCAAUGGCUCCAACGAGGACCGCGGCGAGGUCCUGGAGCAGGAGAAGGGGGCCCUGAGUGACGACGAAAUCGUCAGCCUCUCCAUCGAGUUCUACGAAGGCGCCAGGGACCGGGAUGAGAAGAAGGGCCCCCUGGAGAAUGGCGAUGGGGACAAGGAGAAGACAGGGGUGCGCUUCCUGCGGUGCCCGGCAGCCAUGACCGUCAUGCAUCUCGCCAAGUUCCUGCGCAACAAGAUGGACGUGCCCAGCAAGUACAAGGUGGAGGUCCUGUACGAGGACGAGCCGCUGAAGGAGUACUACACGCUCAUGGACAUCGCCUACAUCUACCCCUGGCGGCGGAACGGGCCUCUCCCCCUCAAGUACCGCGUCCAGCCGGCCUGCAAGAGACUGUCCCUGCCCACUGCGCCCACAGCCUCCGAGGGCACCAACACCAGUGGGGCAUCCGAGUGUGAGUCGGUCAGCGACAAGGCUCCCAGCCCCGCCACCCUGCCGGCCACCUCCUCCUCCCUGCCCAGCCCCGCCACCCCCUCCCAUGGCUCUCCCAGCUCUCACGGGCCCCCAGCCACCCACCCUACCUCCCCCACACCCACUCCCACCGCCAGUGGGGCCUCCACAGCCGCUAAUGGGGGCACCUCAAACUGCCUGCAGACACCAUCCUCUACCAGCAGGGGGCGCAAGAUGACUGUCAACGGAGCUCCUGUGCCCCCCUUAACUUGAAAGGGACACUUUUUCUUCCCAGUCAUGCCUCUUCACCCCUCCACUUUUUUCUGGGCCCCCUUUUCCACCUCUUCUACUUUCCCCAGCUCCUCCCACCUUAGGGGUGGGGGGUGGGUUUUAUAAAUAAAUCUAUAUAUAUAUGUACAUAGGAAAAACCAAAUAUACAUACUUAUUUUCUAUG